GAUCCUGUCCGCGGCUAACUGCUAGCCGCCUGUCAGCUAGCUGCAGCUGUCAAGCCCCCAGCUGUCCCUGAAACGUGUUGGGGUUGCUGCUCAGAGUCCAUGUUUUUCGCUCGCUCACUGGUCAAGAUGUCAAGUCACAAUCCUUUGUUGCGGCUGGAGCAGCGAGCGGCUGAGGCUGACCAGAUCAUCGAGUACCUCAAACAACAAGUCCAGCUACUAAAGGAGAAAGCCAUUGUCCAGGCCAGUGUCAGAGAGGAGAAGAAACUGAUGGUGGAGAAUGCCAAAUUAAAGAAUGACAUUGAAGUACUGAAGAAACAGCUGCUCGAGAAGGAAAAGAAGAGGGGAGUAUUGGACGUUGCCAUGCCAUCAAGUGCCACCAGUGUCGAGUGCAGUUCAAAGCCCACCCCUCCCAAACCCUCUGGUCCAGCACCCUCAGCUUCCCCCGCUGCUGCUGUCCAGAGCCCCCCACCCAAAGAUGAGGGUAAAAAGAAGAAGCCAGAGAAAAAAGGAGGGGAGAAAGCAGAGAAGAAGCAGGCAACCCCUAGUCAAGAGGAGGCCAAGGUGGAUGUGUCUCGUCUGGACCUACGCAUUGGACGUAUAAUCACAGCUGAGAAGCAUCCAGAUGCUGACAGUCUCUAUGUGGAACAAGUCGAUGUGGGAGAAGCUUCUCCCAGAACAGUGGUCAGCGGACUUGUCAAGCACAUACCUCUGGACCAGAUGCAGAACCGCAUGGCAGUCCUGAUGUGUAACCUGAAGCCAGCCAAGAUGAGAGGAGUGGUGUCCCAGGCCAUGGUCAUGUGUGCCAGCUCUCCAGAAAAGGUUGAAAUCCUUGACCCUCCAAGUGGAGCAGUACCAGGGGACAGAGUAACUUUCCAGGGCUUCCCAGGUGAACCAGACAAAGAGCUGAACCCCAAAAAGAAGGUGUGGGAGCAGGUCCAGCCCGACCUGCGUACAGACGGCCAGUGUGUUGCAACCUACAAGGGAGCUGCCUUUGAAGUCGCCGGCAAGGGAGUGUGCAAAGCCCAAACCAUGAGCAACAGUGGAAUCAAAUAAAAUAACAGAGCUGCUUGAAAUAGCUCAGUGUUUACUUGGCAAUCAUCUCCUGCGAUGACCAUAAUGGAGUUGAGAAACAGGAUUCAUGAAAGUUAAUGCUUUGAAGAUGUUCAAUAAAGCGUUUUGGAAAUAGUA